CCGUGCGUCACAUGACCACUCAUGAUAAUUGGAACGAUCGAGUUGUGGAGGUAGUGGAACGCCGCAACAACGUCAUUUGACCAGUCGCGGUCACCGGGCAUGGUUAGCGGCAUCGCUUUCACCAAGCGAGACUGUGCGUGCCCGACGCCGCUUUUCAACAAGAAGUACCUUCGUUCGCACCGCACGAACGGUUCCAAGGUGCUUCGGUGCUUUCCACACUGCUGCCCCACUCACGUCGAAGGAACGUACUGCGGAUCGCCGCUGGCCGUUGUCGUGAACGUCUCCUCGCCCGGCAUUUUAUCACAAUGCAGCGUGGACUUCCGCAUCGAGUCAUCCAACGACGCAACCUUAGCUUGCGGCGACACGAUUGAAUGCGACCGCGUUGUGGAGAACCGGCGUAUGUCGUCGAAUCCGUCCGCCGAGUGGCUCCCCACCACACAAGUCGCGACCGAGGGCAACACAACGACGUAUGAAUGCAACCCGGUCGAUGGAUGGAACUACGGGUGGAAGGGAGGCUCGUCGAUUCAUCAGCGAUUGUCUUGGCACCGCAUCAAGGCGUAUGUAUUUCUGAGCGAUCCAGACUGCCCUGAAAAUCUCAAAGUGAUCGCGACGGUGGCGUCCCCACCGUUCUUUGUCAUGUCGUACCGCCGGUCAUGCAAAGCAUGCCAAACAAACGAAGCCAUGGGCACGAGCCGCGACAACUGUGACUGCGCCGGUGUUUUUCGACUGAACGACGGGUUGCUGCAGCAAGUACUGUCGACUGGAACCGUUCAAGUCGACAUGCUUCCGAUGGAGGAGCCGGAGACGUCGCCAACCUCCAAGCACCCCGUGCCGACGGUUGUCGCCGAACAAGAGCAUGUCCUCCGCAUGAUGUUUGCAAUUCUGCAUCACUCGCAUAUUCCAACGUCCGAGCCAGCCCUUCGCGACCUCUUGCGUUGCUUCGACUCCAAAACGUCGACAUUUUUCCUGCCAAAGGCACACCCGACCUCGUCCAACGCUCUCAUGCUCUGCGUCAACAUUACCCUUGCAGUGCUCGUCCAUGGUCGACAGGACAUUCUCGACUUCAUGGCUACGCAUGCGAGCGACCUCCUGCACCAAGAUCGGCUGUGGCAGCGGUACGAGCUCUGGCUUCAGCUCGUGAACGCCAAAACGAACGCCGCUUUGAUAAACCACAACAUGUCGUGGCAGUUGUUCAUGCAGUCCCUCAUCGCGUCGUACAAUGCAAUGGAUUCGACCACUGUGGCAUCGUCCAGCACGACGUCGCCCGUAUUUGAGUUCUUUGUUGCCCAGCUCCGUGAAGUAUAUAUGGCUCGCACGAUAGCCCCGCCACUGGGGACCCGAGCGUCGCCGUUCGAUGGGUCGUGGGAGCUGGAUAUCGAGUCCAUUCGACUGCAUGUGUUCGUGCCAUCGUCGCCGCCGACCUUCCUGAGUCUGCUCCGGUGGUUUACCAUCGGGCGCUCGUUCGACCAGUGUGUGGUGCACCGCACGCUCCGUGUUAUGUCGUCACUGGCGGUAUUUCCCACCGAGCACUCUCAGUUUGUGCUGGACCAAGCGCCACGUGUGUUUCGGGUCUUUCCAAAUGGCGAAACGUCCAUGUCGAACUGCGCAGGUCUGACAUAUGGAGACUACAUGGGGUCAUUCGACGGGUCGGCGAUCCGCCUGGACGUAUUUUGCUGGUCCGCGACGUCUCCACGGAGCUGCUACGUCGUGCGGCUCCAGAGCCACGUGGAUUCGUCCAACCUGUUGGUUUGUACGGUCGACGUGGCAUUCCACGCGAGCCACAUCGUCGCCGAAAGCUUUGACGAAUGGACCCCCACAGACCGAAUUGCAGAGCUCCAGCGCUAUUGCCCCGUCGGAGCACCGUGGGUUCGGGUCGUUGGAACGUAUCGAAGUCGCUGUAAACCGACAUGAAGGCGGUCGUGAAAAUAGUAGAUGAAAAUUUGGAUGUAGAACCGAUGGACGCCGUCGAGUAGCAGAUUUUAUUUCGACAUGAUGCUGAACGACAGGAACAACGUGACAUAUUUAGGAUAUGGCACAUCAGCACAUUCACGUACUUACAUGCAUCAAGGUUUACC